GCAGAAUCGCUUCAUACUAAUCGUUCACUCUGACUACCACUAAUAUUAAUGCAGCAUCUCGUCCACGAUGAAUGUACAGCAUUGCACAGCAUUGCACAGUCACCGUACAUCAUAGUCUACACGUGGUUGGAGCGCUUAAAGGCUGUUCGGCGCUUCAGCUUCAGGCUGGGAAACCUUCAGCAUCCCCUUGAAUACUGAUUGAUUUCAAUGUCUUCUCAGUCGAAUUUCCGAAGCCGUGCCAGAGGGGGGCUAAGCACGGUCUUUAACUACAUUUGGGCACCACGGCUUCAAGGGUCUUCUGCAACUUUGCCGACAAGCCAUCCUCUUUCCGCCCUGUCACAAACAACACCUCAUAUUACAGUCAGCAGUCCUGGAGGCUCACCAACCCCACAAAAGUCGCCACCUUCAUCUCCGGUACCUUCUGCUGGUGCGACCCCGGUCGCUACGGCAAGCGGUGCAUGCACCGCAUCGAGCAGCAACAUUAACCCUUCAAGUUCUGGCAUAUCUGUAUCGUCAUGCACAAUAUCUCCUUCUACUGCAUCGAUACGCGAGGCGAGGCCUAUUCCAGCAUCUGAUGUGAAUCGAUACAAGAGGAAGCGGAUAAUACCCCAAACGAAGGACCCCGUGUUUAUCGAGCCGGGGAACAAGGUGUUUGAGGACAAACCGCCCUCUAGUCGAUGGAAACCGCUUGUGCACCCUGAAGGUUCCUUGUAUUACUACGACAGCACUUGCCGGAUAUAUACUGAUGCUGACUUGUCAAAGCCGUCAACCCUCAGUGCAAUCGAGGCAUUCGCAGAUAAGCUAUAUAACGAUGCACAAACCAACCCAAACAUCGAUAUCACCAGCAAGACGGAAUUGGUUGUUGAGGACAUUGAUGACGCUACCUGCGGCUACUAUUUCGUCGAACAAGACACGCGGUGCAUCUUCUGGCUAGAACGUUUUGACGCAGAAUCCUUGUUCGAUAACAUCAGGCGAGUGAGGAACAUGGGUCAUAUCAAAUACGCCAUUGAAGCUCAGUACUGGGCUCACUUGACGCCAGUCGUUCUUGACGAAUUAAAACAAAUGAUUAUGCAUGCUGCAGCAGUGACCAUCACGUCUGUGACGUCUGUCGCUCCGUUUGAGAGAGACGAGCUGGAGAAGAUGCUGGACCUCGUUAAGGAGAUCGAAGGUACUAGUUCUGGUAAAGUAUGUUUAAACCAUCUUCUUUCAGCUCGAUUCAUGUCCGAGUUCAUCAAAGCGAAGUUCUUCAAUUUCUGUGGACAGCCAGGUGCAAGGCUGGAUUCCGACCAGACAAUCUACUUCAAGGGUCAUGAUCAUCAGUCGCUCUUGUUCAUUGUUGCCUCUCUUCUGCUCUUUGGCGCCCCUCAUACCCACCAAGAAGAUCUGAAGAAGAUAUGGGUUGAUAGGAUCAUUAAUCGCGUCCUCUGGAAUCAAUUCAUCGGGAAACUUAAUGACGAGUGGGCUGGAUUGGCGCUCUCGGCAACAGUUAUUCUCAAUGCCAACGUGGCCUUUCUUGCAAUUCCAUCUGUACAAGACACCGCCAAAUUGCUAAGCUACCUAUCAGUGGUUUGCAGCAUUGCAGUCGUCCUCCUCGUACUUCUCCUGGUUCGUCAAAACCAAAAGAAGGAUUGCGAGCGAGCUGUCACACUUCUGAAAUACGUGUCACAAUCUUUCUUUGACAUGGAAGCGCUAGCCAUAACGUAUAGCUUGCCAUAUGGACUGUUGAUGUGGGCCCUACUGUGUUUUGCUGCGGGCUUUGGCAAUUUGAUCUUCGGAACUGAAGGCCAAUGGACGCGUGGUGCCGUGGGUUUUGCUGGAUCACUUGUCGUCUGCUUCGUGGCGUUGGUAGCGCAGAUAGGGAGACAUCAGAUCUCUUCGGAAGAUGAGGAAACUAUGUAAUAGCUUGUAUAUUGACACGGUGAAACGAGUGCCAGUGAAUAUUGCUGACGUGGAUGCUGAAAGAGCUCGAGAAACUCAAGUAAUAGGUCAUGGCAAGAUAUGUAACACGCCAAUUAC